AUCGUUCCAUACUAUUUCCGGCCUUAUUGGGCCAAUUUCCAGAAAUAAUCAUUAUCAUCUUCAACACUAAACUUUCUCUCUCUUCCAUUUUCAUCACCUCGUAUAAUAUCUCAAAAACUCCCAACACAAACAAAUCAAUGGCGACGACAGCAGAAGUAACCUCCAUUACCAAAAUCCACAACCUCUUCAACAAUCUCGAAUCCCAAAAAAACCUCCUCUGUAAAUGCACUGACCUUUACAAAACCCUAACUUCUCAUUUCUCCACUCUCCAACAAUCAAUCGAUUCCAAAACCCUAACCCUAGAUUCCAAACUCGAAUCUCUCGAUUCAAUCCACCAUAAAUCCCUCGACGAACUCCAUGAACGCGAGAUUUCUCUUCCUCAUCGACUACUUUCUCUCUCCUCCGAAAUUAAAACCAAGAGAGAAUCCGCCAUUGCCGAACUCCAGAAACCUCUAAACGAAUCUUUGCCAUUGUCAGAGGUUCUAAGGUCGUUGUGCAGGAGAAUGGAUUACAGUAAUUUAAUGAGGUUUUUGAUUUGUAAGAGGAAGGAAACGACGACGUUGAGGGGUGAAAUGGGGGAAGCUUUGAAAGAGUGUGUGGACCCUGCGAGGAUGGUUCUAGAAACUGUGAAGGAGUUUUUAGAGGCGAAGAAGGUAGGGAAGAGAGGGAUGACGGAUAAGAGGUGGGCGUGUGGGGUGGUUGUGACGGGGUUGUUUCCGCCGGAGGAGUUGAAGGGGAGGAAUAAGGAGAGGGAUUGUUCGGGGCCGGCUUUCGGAACGAAGACGGUUGAGGAGGUUGAGGAAGUGGUGAGGGGUUGGAGAGAGAAAGCCGAGGCUGCCGGUGAUCAUGAUAAUGAUACUAGAAUGGGGUCUGCUGAAGUGGCAAUGUUUAUGCAGGUGGUUGUGGGGUUUGGGUUGAAGGAUAUAUUUGAGGAGGAGUUUUAUAAGAAGGCUGUUAUGGAGUUUUCUGGUAGGAGAGAUAUGGCUAAGAUUGCUAUUCCCAUUUUUGGGGAUAAAAUUGGAGAUCUAAUUGAUGAGCUGGUAAAGAAUGGAAAGGAAGUUGAAGCAGUUUAUUUUGCGUCAGAGUCUGGCUUGACAGAAAGGUUUCAGCCUGCUUCUCUUCUCAAGUCUUAUUUGCGCAAUUCCAAAAAGAAUACUGCAGAAAUACUGAAGAAAGGCAACCAUAGCGCUGGUGCAACAGAUGAAGCGAACAAUUAUGAGAUAAAUUACAUCAAGUCUAUUGUCAGAUGUGUGGAAGACCAUAAGCUCGAGGCAGAAUUUGGUGUUGAUAGCUUGAAGAAGAGACUUUCUUCGCUGGAGAGAGCAAAGGUCGAUAAGAAGAGGGGUUCUGCAGCCAACUCCAAACCUUCUAACAAACGAGUUUUCAAUACUGGGGGUCCAUCUCGGAGCAGUGGUCCACCACCUCCGCGCCCUGCGAAAAGAGGUAAAUUUCCGAGUUCCUACCCAUCUUAUGGUAAGCGAGAGGCAGUCUCACCGCCCCGUAGCCCAGUAGCAAAAUAUCUGGGCCCAUACAGCUUAUCAAGUCAGAGUGCGUAUGAUCCUGGACUCACUGCUUCCACUUAUGGGAUGAGGUAUGGUGCUUCUUAUGCUCCAACCACUGACCAGAUCACUCAACCACACCAGAUUUCUCAACACCACCAAAUCACUCAACACCACCAAAUUACUCAACAACAUUAUGGUAUACCUGGUGGCAGUGCUCCUAGUCCUAGUGCGGGGCCUCGGCUUGGCAGUUCCUAUGGAUUGCAGGCAGCAUAUGGCGCUUAUGAUUAUGGUGCCACUACGACAUCUACAUACCAGCCACCUCCGUAUGCACAAUAAUUUCCUGCUGGAGGAGCAGACAUGCUGUUCCUAAGACCAUACCAGCAUAGAGUUAGAGUUUACAUUUUCUACAUUUUUGUCCAGUUGGUGGAUUUUGUACAUUCUCUGUACUUUGGAGCUGUAUAAUAUUUCUUUUUGCGGAAGGUGUGCAUCAAAAUUAGGAAGACCUUUUGAUGCUAACCCCUACCCUUUUUUAUAUGGGAAAAUUGUAGCAUGAAAAUGUCGUUUGCCUUUAGCUUCCAAAUCUAUGUGAUUCUUUUUUUUU